CUUCAACGUUACCGAUCAAGUAAGAGACAAGUCUCUUCUUCUCGGCCUAAACUUCUUCCCCUAUUUAAAAAAAAAAAGAACUGAGAAAAAAAAAUCAAAGCAAAACCACAGAUUCGAUUGAUAUUUUUCUUAAGUCGAAAUUCGCAUUUAAUACAAUGGAAAAGACAGAUUUUUUUUAAGUAAUUCCUCUACCAUUAGUUUGAUUGGUUUUUUUGAAGGAGGGAAAAAAAAAAAAAAAAAGGUUCCUCUGUUCUUCUCUGCUUCAGAUGGAAGAUAACAAUCCUCCCAAGGAUUACUAUAAGAUCCUAGAAGUUGAUUAUGAUGCAACUGAGGAGAUGAUCAAGCUGAACUAUCGGAAGCUUGCAUUGAAGUGGCACCCUGAUAAGCACAAUGGUGAUACUGUGGCUACUUCGAGAUUUCAAGAGAUUAAUGAAGCUUAUAAUGUGCUAAUGGACCCUGCUUUACGUUUUGAGUAUGAUUUGACCGGUAUUUACGAGAUUCACAAAUAUACUUUACGGGAAUAUCUGGCUAGAUUUAAGGGAAUGAUACUUACUUGCAAUGGACUCGGCAUCAGUCACUCCUCAUCACCAUGGACACAGCAAUUGGCGGAAGGCAAUAUAACACAACAGAUGAGCAAGGAUACUGUAUAAACUGAGGUAGAAACAGAGCUCUGCAACCUUUGAUCCAAAACUCAUUAGGCAUUAUUAUAGUCUGCCUCAACAGAUGGAAGUAUAGCAGUGUACACCUUAUAUUCGACGAUAUAACAGCUUUUGCACGAUGUUUGUAUGUUUAUAAAUUUAGAUGGUACAGUAAGAAGAAACAUUGUCUGGCUGGCUAAUGUAUUUAUUAGCUUCACACAGAUUGUGGGUUUAAGCCUGUACUGUAUUAUUAUCAUUUAUGGGUCACACGUAGACUGAGAGUAGAUAUCAAAGUGUAACAACAAUAAAAGCUUCAACCUUGGUUAAGUGUUGUGGCUUUAUAGCUCUGCUUAUAACAACAAAAUGGAUAUCU